CCCCGUGGGCGGCGGCGGCCCCGCGCUGCGGCGGGCGGGGGACAGGCAGCGCCAUGGGCGCGGAGCAGAGCGCCGAGGCCGAGAGCCGCCCUGGCGAGCCCAGCGCCGCAGCAUCUCCGUUGCCAGCCAAGCAACGAGCAAAAAUGGACGACAUCGUAGUGGUAGCCCCAGGAACACAAUCCUCRCGGAAUGUCAGCAAUGAUCCAGAUGUCAUAAAACUGCAGGAAAUUCCAACUUUCCAGCCACUUUUGAAAGGGCUCCUGAGCGGGCAGACAUCCCCGACCAACGCCAAGCUGGAGAAGCUGGAUCCGCAGCAGGUGCUGCAGCUGUGCCUGCGCUACCAGGACCACCUGCACCAGUGCGCCGAGGCCGUGGCCUUCGACCAGAACGCACUGGUCAAGCGCAUCAAGGAGAUGGACCUCUCUGUGGAAACUCUCUACAGCCUGAUGCAGGAGCGCCAGAAGAAGUACGCCAAGUACGCAGAGCAGAUCCAGAAGGUCAACGAGAUGUCUGCCAUCCUGCGCCGCAUCCAGAUGGGCAUCGACCAGACAGUGCCGCUGAUGGAGCGGCUGAACAGCCUCCUGCCGGAGGGGGAGCGCCUGGAGCCCUUCUCCAUGAAACCCGACCGCGAGCUGAGGUCAUAGCCUGCGGCAGCUCCCCCUCCUCAGCCUCCACGCUCUGUGUGGGCACGGACGCGCUUCCAGCGUGCGCACAGGUGGGCGUUGGGAGCCGCCGGACACUGCCGGGGCACUGGAGGGAGAGCAGUGCCAGAGCCGGAGCCGCAAUCCAGGAGCUUCCUGCAGGAGAUGAUUUGUUGUGCUUUCAUCUCCCUCCUCCUGCCCUCCCGUCUCCUUUGCCACUACACUGCCCGUGCAGACUCAUUUGUUUCAUUGCUGUGACUAGUUGGUGUUUACAGAGGAGGAAUUUUCUUUCGUCUGACUUAUUUAAUUUUUUUUACUAAAAUAGUUCAAUGGGAUACAGGGUGUGACAAACCCUGCUAACAUGGUUUUUGUGCCACUGGGUUUUAGACAAUUAGAUGGCUGGAAGGUAUUUCUGAGAUCUCCUGGCGUUGAAAAUACGUCUGUUUUAUAAGUCAAAGUGUGGGAGCCAAGAACUGGCUUAUUAAAAUCUGCCCAUUAUCAUCAUUAACAUGGUUUGCACGGCAGGGUUUUGGCAUGUCCUUGAGGCUCCUGUCUCUGUGGGCUCACUGAUUUAUGAGGCUGUAAAGGAGUAACUGUUCUAGAUAUGUUUUGUCUGUUAAUGUAAAGCAAACCUUAGCGUUCCUUUCCCCCUUGGCCUGGCAAUGUCCUCAUGCCCCAGCUGGUGGCAUUCCGUGUCCCUCUGAUAGACACCAGUAGCAGCCUGCUCAUUUGGAAUCCCAAAGCUGGACACAAGGUGUCUUUUUCAAGUGGGACACUCCAGUUAUCUUGGUGCUGUCUUUUUCACCAGUGGGGUGCAGCUGCUUCUUUACCUUCAAGUGGUGGAGGGGACAGACCUGAGAAGUCCUUUGGCUCUUUGUGUUGGCUCAGGUGCCCUUGUGCCGAGAGCUGGCCUUGGCACCCUGCUGGAUGACUGAAAGCACAUGGCCUUUCUCAGCCACCUGCUCCAAAGGCARCAGGGUGUUCUUGCCUUCUCCCAGUCAAACCAAGGCUGCAGUGCCCRUGGACCCCAAAGGUUGUUGUGUGUCAGGAAUGCAGUUCCAGUGGUGAGCACAGUCAGGGACAGCCCAGCUUCCAGUGCAGCACAAGGCUGGGUCACUUGCCAAAGGCAGCUUGCUUUAAUACGUCUUAGUAUUUGAGAGCAUUUAUUCAGCCAAAAGUUGUCACUGAGCAGUUGGAAGUAGGAGUGCAGCAGGUUUUUGAUUGUAAUAAUUACUGCCUGGAAGCAGCAGAAAUCUUUUUUCAUGCCCAAAGGUCACGUAGUGUGCAGUGAAUUUUUGUCAUGCAGAGUGUGGCCAACUUAGAUGGGCAUCUGAAGCACAGUGGUGACUGGAUCCCAGGGCCUGCUGAACACUGUCUGAAAGCAGAGUCCUGUAGAAAUGAAGCCCCCUGGAAUGAUGCCCUGGGCAGAGGGACUGGCUGCUUCAGGGAGGSCAGGGAACUCAGCAGGAGAUUUUUUUUAGCAAAGGCAGCAGAGUGGGUCUCCUUGCCUGAUGCUCCCAGCCCAGAGGUUUUACACAGUUGUACAUACAUAGGCAUAUGCUGUGUGUUGCACAGGAUAGAACACCAGAAUUCCAUCCUUAGUCAAGCUUCCUGCCAUUUUUUACACUUGGUUUGUUAAAAGUGUACUCGAGACUUAGCCCAUGAAAACCUCCUUGUUGUGGCCAUGCCCUUGCAGGUAGGUCCUCAUUGUCCAUCGUGAAAUAUGUCUCUGCCUCCCACCAUCAGACACACAAGAAUAUUGAGCUGCUUUAAAUASUGGCUGCAGCCAUUUUUGUCCUCUGUGUCCAGAUGAUGCUGUCUGGAUGUUUAAAAUGUCUGGCAGAGAUUCAGCUGUCUGCCAGCUGGGAUCACAAAUAUCCCACACCCUGAUGUGCUGGAAGCCUGUGCCAGUGGGAAGGUCUUGAUACUGGAUCUCAAGGCAGAUGCUCUCUCCUGUUAAGACACUUCUCUAAGGCUUGUAGACAUUUGGCCUCAGGCCAUUAUCAGAUCAAAGCAUUGCUCCCUGCAGUGCUAAUGAGGGCAAGGGAAUAGUAUUCCCACUGAGGCUGCAGGAGCUAGGGCUGCAAAUCAGUUCCUUCCUCAUUUGCCAGAAAACACCAAGGCAUUGGGCUGAGAAYGGGAGAAAGUGUUUGUUCCUAGGAACCAUGGACUGGAAUUUUGUGKCUGUGCUGCUGGGCCUCACAGACAGAGCUGCUCCAACAGCAAGGGCAGGUUGUGGAAGGCAUAAUAACUUCACUAGAAGGAAAUWGGAGCUGAAAUGUGAAAACUAACCUCUUCAAUGCUCACAUGUCWUCGCCUCUGUUCCACAGGUAACAGUCUCUCAUUUGGGUACUGUCAGAAGUGUGCACCCUCAAACUGUCCUCAAACAAUGGUUUACAGUUUUAUUUAAAAAAUUGUCACUGCUUUCAGGAACUGUAAGUCUUUGGCCCUCUCACUGAGGGGGAGACAUGUCCUGCCACAUCUUGAGCUGYUGUUUGUUGCUUGGCUGCUCCUUGUUGGCUCUGCUCCACACGCUGCUUUCAUAUUCAGCUCAGGUGCAGGUGAUGUUCAGAGUGAGACUGACACUUCCCUCCGCUGUUCAGCAGGAGCUUUGAGAUGUCACUGGAAUUACCUUUCUGCUUAUGAAUUCCCUCUUCCAAGCCAAACACUCCUGGGAGGAGGCCUCAGGUAUCUUUUGUGAAUGUAGCAGCUUUUAUCUGCCACAAAUUUAGUGCUGUGAACAGGGAAUAAUCUGGUGUGCUGCACUGAAACCAGACWUUGCUGCCCUUUUCUGCUUCCUGAGGUGGUGUGUGGUCUGGGGUACAGGCUAAGCUCCUUGAUAAGUGAUCUUGUGAAAAGUUGGGGAGCUGGACAAGUCACWGGGGCUGUGGUUGUCCUCUGGCCUGAGCUGCUCUGCCUUUCCCCUGACUCUGCUGUUGCAAGUCCACUGUUKUGCUGCCACUGGUGCUCGUUGUGUCCCACGCUGGUCACUGCUGCCCACGCAGAGCAGGUUUGCUUUGUUGUUUCCGUUGUUUUUGUCAUUGAAUGCAUUGACAGGGUGCUAAAGUGCCAACUUACCUGCAGGGCAAUUCCUGUGAAGAUCUGGUGAAGGGGAGAGAAAAGAGUUUUUGUUGUUUUUUUUUAAUAUGUGUAUUUUAAAUUAAAUAUAUUUAAUAUACUUAAAUAUUUAAUGUGUGUUUUGCCCUCCUGUUAGGUUUUACACAGAGAGUGGGAAUGCAGGUUUUCACAGGCCCAUUGGUUCUGUGAGCCAGCCCCUCUCUCAGACUGUGUGCCUGUAGAUUCCCAAGGUACUGCUGUAAGGUUUCUUGGUUCCCAAGCUGCCAGAGGGUAUUUUGAUUCCCAGCCUUGAGGCUGAGCACUCCAUGGUUUAUGGAGUUCAGCUGCCUUUGUGCUCUGUGUUCCACAGCUCCAGCAUUAAACCUUUUGGUGUGGCUCUUUUCCAAGUGUGUUGUUCCUCCAGUUGCCUCAUUGCUCAUUUUCCAUUCCUGCUCCUCACCGCAGUGUUUGGGCAGUGCAGGCUCAGCUCAGCUUUACUCUGAUUUCAGCUGCCCUGGCAUUGUGAGGAAACACAUCCCCAGAAUGAAGGUAAAUGCUGGUGGGUUUUGUUUCUCCCCAGUACUGUCCCAGUUCUGGUUUUCACUGAUGUCCAGUUCAAGUACAAGAUAYGAGCAGUGAUGCUUGGCAUUCACCAGCAGUGGGUGGCAGCUACAGCCUCACAGAAGCUCCUGGGGUCUGGGGGAAGAGAGGAGCAUUCAAAGGGCAAUUCUUGCUGUCAGCUGCCAGUAAUAACCCUUCUUGUCUUUUUAAAAGUUUCGUGUUUUUACAGAUAGAGGGUGAGUGCUGACCCCAUAGGGAURGUYGACAAGGUGGUGYUAAGUUGUAGGUUG